AGUCCAUAGGACUGGAAGAAGUAGGGAAAGUCAUAGUUAUUUAAAAGAAGAAUUCUUUCAGUAGAUGGCAGAGGACUGUUGGAAAAGCGACAUAAUCACUGUAGAGGAAGUAGAAGUGAAGCCCUUUCUGAGGAGAAACAUAUAAAAAACAUUCUACUCCUGCUGUCACAUCAUCAAAUCAGAAAAGCCCAAAACGAAAAGGGCCAAGAGAUUCCUUGAGAAGAGAGAACCGAAACUCAGUGAAAAUAUUAAAAAUGCCAUGCUGAUUAAAGGGGGCAAUGCAAAUUUAACAGUGACACAAGUGCUUAGAGAUGUGUAUGCACUGAAAAAACCGUAUGGCGUUCUGUAUAAAAAGAAAAAUAUUACAAGACCAUUUGAGGAUCAGACGUCAUUGGAAUUCUUUUCAAAGAAGUCAGAUUGUUCUUUAUUCAUGUUUGGCUCCCAUAAUAAGAAGCGACCAAAUAAUCUAGUAAUAGGUCGUAUGUAUGACUACCAUGUGCUGGAUAUGAUUGAAUUGGGUAUCGAGAAGUUUGUAUCUCUAAAAGAUAUUAAGAAUAGUAAAUGUCCAGAGGGAACAAAACCUAUGUUAAUAUUUGCUGGUGAUGAUUUUGAUGUAACAGAAGACUACAGAAGGCUAAAAAGUCUCCUUAUUGAUUUCUUCAGAGGCCCCACAGUAUCAAAUAUCCGCCUGGCUGGUUUAGAGUAUGUUCUGCACUUCACUGCAUUGAAUGGGAAGAUUUACUUUCGAAGCUAUAAGUUGCUGUUGAAGAAAUCCGGUUGCAGAACACCACGGAUUGAAUUAGAAGAGAUGGGACCCUCGUUGGAUCUGGUUCUGAGGAGGACACAUCUGGCAUCCGAUGACCUCUAUAAGUUAUCUAUGAAAACACCAAAAGCCCUCAAGCCAAAGAAGAAGAAAAAUAUCUCUCAUGAUACUUUUGGUACAACUUAUGGAAGGAUUCAUAUGCAGAAGCAAGACCUAAGCAAACUACAAACCAGGAAAAUGAAGGGGUUGAAGAAGAGACCUGCAGAAAGGAUAACAGAAGACCAGGAGAAAAAAUCAAAGAAAAUGAAAAAACAUUGAUGCAACUUAGCUGAUAACUGUGGUUUUAUUGUAGGCUAUUUCCUUAAGGGAAUUAUCAAGCAUCAGUCAUUUCAGAGAUUUUUACAAGAUUUUAUUGUAUAUUUUUAUAACAUGAAAAUUUACCUAAACUAUGUAUCGUAUAUAUUAUGAACAGUAAUGUGCUAGUAUUAGGUUGAAAGUAGGCCUCUCAACUUGCAACAUUACACCCUGUGUGCCAUUUUUCCUCUGUGUUCUGGUAUUUCCCUCUGCCCAUCGCACUGCAAAGUCCCCUGUCUCAUUGGGUGGGCGGGUGAGGAGGGAUCUCCAGAAUGACCAUUGGUGUCGUAGAGAAUUUCUGGGUUAAGCUUUAGCUAAAGGGAAGAAGCCAUGGAAAGUAGGAAAUGGCCCGGAAGAGCUGUGUGCACACUCAGUGUGAGCUGCCUGGAAAGUUAACCCCAUCUCCCACGAUGUGCUGACAGCCUGACUUCCAUUUUUCACUUUUCUGUUCUUUUGCCUGAAAUUCUCCCAGUUAGAGAUUCAUUUGAGAUUUUAAGCUUUGUGUCUUAAAACAUAGGUCUCUGAGAGAGAUGUUCACUACCUGAUCAUUGACAAUAUUACCUUACUAUUGAUUAUUUUAAGAGAUUCUGCUACCAGGUGGGGCCCUAACCCCUUCUCUGAGAGAAAGGAAGUUUUGGUAAGGGUAGAAGUGAGGAAGGAGAGAAUGGCUGGGUUUUAGGACAGGGCACUUGAGGGUACUGGGUAGCCCUGGGUUGCUAAAGGUCACACAAAGGCCCUGGGUAUUUGCACACCGAGUAGGAGUAAGCCAAAGCCAAACAGCUUGUUUCGAAAUGUUCUUGAAGACUGGCGCUGGGCCUAGGAAAAUGGGAAGAAACUUCGUACUUCCUCUCCUGGUGUGUUGCAUACUUGUUUUCCCUCAAUGUAGAGUUUAGCUUCCUUGCUUGAGACCUCAGCAAAGAAGCUCCUUUAAACAGUGCAAGCCAAUUAUGUUGUAAAAGCACAGACAUCCAUAAACCAUAAUUUGUUAUAUGAAGCAGAAAUGCUUUUGUUUUCAAUUCCGUGUCAAGGAGCUCCUCCAUGCCUGUGUGUGCAUGCCUUGUGUGAGUUUGUUGACACUAAGACAAAGCUAGGGCCUCAAUUUUACCUGCCGUAUCUUUUCCCUUGCAAACACGUUCUCUGGACUCACGUCUCCCCAUCCCUUUCCAGAUGGCUAACAUUUUCCUCUUCUCCAUAAAAAUGAGGCAGCUGGUAUCACUCAUUUACACUUGUUGCUUGAUUGUACGUUUAACCAAAGACUGAGCAGUUUUAGAUCUGAAGCAGGCAUUUGCAUUUUAUGUCUAAAUGGGGAGAAAGAGCUAAAAUGAUUCCUAUGUCCCAUCUGCAAGUCGAUGGACAAUAGUUGGGAAGAAGGGGAGUCAUGGAAGGGGCAUCAGAAAUGGAUGCAUAGUCUUUCCCUAAUGCCUGACCCCUGACUGGUGCAGCUAAUGCUAAUGGAGAUAGUGAAUCAGGAGGCAAAGCAAUGGGUCUGUCUCACCGGCCGCUUAGAGGAAAGACUCUGCCUCUCCAUCAGGAAGACCUGCCCCAACAGUUCAGCCAAUCUCAGUGUAAAGAUGGCCACAAUUGCUGUAUAUAGGAUGUUGUCUUUAGGGUCUUUUUGUUUUAAUCAACAACCCUUUUGUUUGAGAUUUUGUAAUGCAGCCUUCUGUUUCCUAUGCACUUUUUAUCCCUGAUAAUAGUGUGUCUGAUAAGUGUUUGAAUUCAUUUUCUUCACUAAAUAUAGUAUUACUAAAAUCUAGUUCAAAGACUUUUUGUUGAAGUCUUUUUGUUGUAGAACCAUCUGGAACCCUUGAUCCACCAUUUAUAUCAAUGUUUUUGUGGGAAGUGCAUUUUAAUUUCCAGUUGUCCUUGAACUUUAUAACAUAUAUAAAUUGGAGAAUAUGUAUCCAUUUCAAUAGAGGUGGUAAAUUGCCUGUCUUAAAUUUACUUAACUUUGGAUGUUAGUGGAUGAGGAAAGCAGGUUAGGUUGUUUUUUUUAAAUACCAAACUCCUUGUGUUUUUUCCUAGAAUGUUAAUACUUAGUACCAAGCUAUAUUUUUUUAUUUUGUGAAAUUUGGUUCGUUUUUAUAACUUAAAUGAUGAUAC